GACAGCUCCGGUAAGAACAGGAAGAGGGAUGCUAACUGGCAACCAGCCAUGUAAACAGUGAGCAGAGGAUGCUAGGUGUUAAAAGCGCCAGGCGGACAGCUGCUCCUGGUUAAUUGAAGCCAGGAUGAAACCUCUAACUGUACCUGGAGCAUUAAGUUCUCUGUGCUUAACUGAGCACCGGUAGCCAUGGAUGGUUCUAAAAACGCCUCCUUCCCCACCAUCGGGGAGCUGGAUGAUUAUCUUAAUGAGCACGAUUCGAACUUCAUCUGGCUGCUUGUUGCCACCAUUCUGUCCUGUGGAUGGAUCAUCUAUUUAACUUACUACAACUCUCGCAACAUCGGCCUCUUCCUCACCCUUAUCAUCAACAGACUUUACAAGGAUGGCUACAUUCACAUCGGUUCCUUCUCCUUCUCAGUUCUGUCAGGAAAAGUCAUGUUCAGAGAGGUCUACUACAUCAACCAGGACAUGUCCAUCAGGAUUCAGGACGGCUUUCUCAUAUUUCGCUGGUGGAAAAUGUACAACCCGAAGCAGAAGCAGCACGAUCCAAAAGCAGAGACCAGGCUUUAUGUGACGGUCAACGGCUUCGAGUUUCACGUCUACAACCGGACCGACCUCUACGCGCGGCUUCAGGAGACGUUUGGCCUGGAGCCCACGCUUCUCACCACCAAGAAGGAGGAGGAGCGGGGACAGGAGGAGCGGGCCGAACCCCUGGAGAGUGUGAACAUCAGUGCGGAGAGUCCAGAGCCCACGUCGUCAUGGCGAUCCCUCAUCCCUGUGAUUAAACUCAACAUCAGCACGGGCCGCGUGGCGUUCGGGAACCACCACCUCCCUCAGACGCUGUGUGUGAACUUUGAAGACGCCUUCCUUACGUACGCCACCAAGCCGCCGUCCAGCCACCUGGACCAGUACAUGCACAUCGUGAAAGGAUCGCUGGAGAACGUGCGCGUCAUGCUGGUUCCCAGUCCGCGCUACCUGGGAAUGCAGAACGACGAACCCCCCCGACUGAUGGGCGAAGGCUUCGUGGUGAUGCAGUCCAACGACGUUGACAUCUACUACUACCAGGACGAACCAGGUCUGGUCCCGUUGGAGCAGGAGGGAGGGGGGGAGGCAGAGACGAGCAGCGAGGAAGAUAAACUGCAGGACCUUCCUCCAUGCUGGGGGCUCGACAUUGUUUGUGGUAAAGGAACCGACUUUAACUACGGACCGUGGGCCGACCGGCAGAGGGAUUCCCUCUGGAAGUUCUUCCUCCCGGCCGACUACCAGGUCAUGGACGUGAGCGAGGUCCCACAGCCGGGAAAACCCAGACAGAUCCAAGCCUUCGAGCUCCGCAUGAACAUCAUCGCCGACGCCACCAUCGACCUGCUGUUCACCAAAAACAGGGAAACCAAUGCCAUCCAUGUGAAUGUAGGCGCAGGCUCGUACCUGGAAGUCAACAUCCCCAUGACUGUGGGAGAGAAUGGCUACUCUCCCACCAUCAAAGGUCAGCUGCUCCACGUGGACACCACCAGCAGCAUGCAGUUCAGGACCCUCCUGGAGGCGGAGAUGUUGGCUUUCCAUGUGAUCGCCAGCUACCCCCGCGUGUGGAAUAUGCCCCAGUCCUGGCAGUGCGAGAUCGAGGUCUACAAGGCCACCUACCACUUCAUCUACGCUCAGAAGAACUUCUUCACAGAUUUGAUCAAGGACUGGGCGAGCGACAGCGCCCCAGACAUCUACUCCUUUGUUCCCUAUUCCUGGAAGUUCAAGAUUCUCUUCCACCAGUUUGAGAUGAUCUGGGCAGCAAACCAGCACAACUGGAUCGAUUGUUCCACCAAGCAGCAGGAGAACGUGUACCUGGCAGCCUGUGGCGAGACGCUCAAUAUAGACUUCACUCUGCCUUUCAACGAGUUCGUUCCGACCACCUGCCACACCCGCUUCAGCCUCAGGGCCGAGGAUACAGACAUGCGACUGUCUCUUCCAGAGUGCCACCCGAGCCGCUACCCCCUCCUCACUUUGGCCAAAGACUACCAGAACAUCAAGCUGCCGCCUGACAUGUUUGUGUCCGGGGAGAACCAGGGAGGGCCCCCUCCGAAGCCUGGGAAGCUGCGCUGGAGGCACAUCACCAAUGAAGCUGGCUGGGUGGACUGCUGGAGCGUUCCAAACUUCCUGCUCAUCAUCGACUACACCUGGCACCCCAUUUAUCCCCAGAAGGCAGACGAACAGCUCAAACAGUCAUUCUCUGAGAUGGAGGAGUCCAUGCUGUCGGCCCUGCGGCCCCCUGAGCAGAGCUCAGCUCCGCGCUACACCUCCAGCUCCGCUUCGGCCGCUCACAGCCGGGCCCCCGCCGACCCGUCGGAGCUGCCCCCCGACAGACUUCACGUGGAGAUGGAGAUUUCCCCGGAUUCUCAAGUUCUUCUCUACGGGCCGAUGCUGCGAGCCCUGCUGGCCAUCAAGGAAAACUACUUCGGGGAAGACGACAUGUACACGGACUUCGAGGAGGCCGUGUCCAGCCCGGUUCUGUCCACGGCGACGUCCUCGGGCCUUGGCUGGAUGGAUGACGGCGAGCAGAAGGACGGCUCAGACGCCCACCCUCUGGACCUGCGUCCCUGGGACAUCACGGUGCUCAUCAACCUCUACAAAGUCCACGGCCGGCUGCCGCUGCACUGCAGCAGCGAAGGUCCAGAAGGCCCGUCUGGCUUCCUGGAGCGGCUCUGCUUUGAAAUGAAGAAGGGUUACAAGGAAACCAUGCUGCAGAUGAUCCUGUCGCCCAUUCACAUCUUCGUCAGCGACAACUACCAGCGGCCCACGGCGGACGGAGUGCUGAGAGACGGCCACCUGAGUCUCUCCGGGCUGCAGAUGAGGGCCCACGCCAUGUUCUCCGCACAGGGCCUCCCAGUGGCCAGCGACACCUUGGAGUACGCGUGGCUCAUCGACGUGCAGGCCGGGGCGCUGAGCGGCAGGGUCACGGUUCCUCAGCUGGCCAGCGUGGUGGAGUGGGCGGAGACCUUUGUUUUCCACGUGGUUUCUCAAGAGUUCCAGCUGGAGCAGCCAAAGCCCUCCAUCGUCUGCCAGCACGGCGUUGAUCGCCGCAUCUGUGACGCCAAGCUGAGCUGCCUGCCUGGUCACUGCCGCACAUCUGAGGAGCUGAAGUACACCAUGACCCGGCUGGCCGUGGACGGAGCCGACCUCUUCAUCGUGGAGCACGGUUGUGCUGCCAACGUCAGGACGGGCAUCAUCCGAGUCGCCAACUGCAACCUGCACAACCAGGCGGUGGGGGAGGGGAUCAGCGCCGUGGUGCAGGACGUGAACAUCCGCCAGUACAUCGAGCAGCUGGCCGGUCAGGGUCAGGGUCUGGGUCAGCCCCCGCUGCUGCGCCGCUCCGUCUGGCUGGAGGCGGGUUCGGUCAACCUGAACCUCGUCACGGCGGAUAUCGCCCUGGCCGCCGACCACCCGGCCAAAUGUGAAGUCCAGAGACAGUUUCUGGAGCUGCAUGACGCCCAAACCAAGAGGCUCUGGUUCCUGUGGCCCGAAGACGCCAACAUUCGCACCAAACGAAGCCGGAACCGCUGCGGCUGCCUGGGAGGCUGCAGGUUCUUUGGAGGAACCAACAUGGGUCUGGACUUCUUCAGGCUGGAGGAGCUGACGCCCUCCUCCUCGACGGCCUUCGCCUCCUCCAGCGCCGAGUCGGACAUGAGCUACGGCCAGUCGCUGCUGCAGCCUGGGGAGUGGAUCAUCACCAAGGAGACGCCUAAAGUGGACGGUAAGGUUGUUGGGAUUAAAAGAGACACGCACUCCCCCAACCUGCCCCCCGAGCUUCCAGAGAGGCGUGGUCAGCAACACCUCAGCCUUCAGGUUCCUCAGCGCUCCCACAGCUCCGCCUCUUCCUCAGAGGAAAACAGCUCGUCCAGCGCCGCCUUGCCUCUGCUGGCUGCAGGGAGAGACUCCCCCUUACCGAGCACCGAGGAGCGCGCCCUCCCCGUCUGCGGCAGGAACCAUACAGACGCUUUGGGGGACGUCCCAGAGGUCUCCCCCGUCUCCCCCAACAGCUCCCAGGAUCGUGUCUCUGUACGAUCGCCUCUCUGCUCUCCCCUCAAGCGGCAGUCUUCCGUCCACUCCGGCCGGCUGGGCAGCACUAAGAGCCUCUCUGCUGCCCUCUUCGCUGACAAGCCGCCCCCGGUGCUCUCCGGUGGCGUCUGCGGCGUCCAGUUCAGCAGCGAGGUUUCCCGCAGCGACGAGAACGUCCUGGACUCCCCUCGCCAGCGCCGAAGCUACGGCUCCUUUCCCUUCACGCCGUCUGCCGACUCCAACUCCUUCCAUCAGUACCGCUCCGCCGACUCCAGCAUGUCUGUGGCCGAGAGCGAGGCGUACUACUCGGCCACCGAAGACUUUGAGCCAAUCAGCAGCGCCGACGAGGGUCCAGGGACGUACCCAGGCCGUAAGAAGAAGAGGAGGCAGCCGCCGCAGCAGCCUCCGUACCACAUGGAGAACUACAGCCGGAGCUCCAUCUACCACAGCGUUGAAGGACCCCUCACCUAUGUCCUCAACGGGGAGCUGAUCACCGAGCCGCGCCCUCUACCUCCGCCCCCCAUCCUGCCCCCGCUGCCUUCACAGCCCUUGGCCACCCACACCUCCCAGGCCUCCUUCGUCUCGGCCCUGGCCAUGGAGGAGGAAAGCUCUGUGGAGACGGAGAAGAUGGCUGAGCCCGGCCCGGUCACCUGCCAGCCCCACGUCAUGGCGUGCUACCAGAACUACCUGGGCCACUAUCAGGUUUCAAACUGGUCCGUCAAGCAGCCGACCAAUAAGAGGACUUCUAAAUCCUCCCUGCAUCGACCUCUGGAUCUGGACACGCCCACUAGUGAAGAGAGCUCCGCCUCCUUCGACCAGCUGUCGGUUCCCAUCUUUAAGGUCUGACUUCAGUCCAGAGCCG